UGCUUUUACUUUAAAACGCAGAUAACUAAUUUUAUAAUUUUUAAAAUUUUAUAACACAUAUUGGAAAAUUGUAAUAUAACACAUUUGGAAAAGAUUUAGAUAAAGACUUUGAUAAAUAUACUGAAAUUAUGUUACAUAAUCUUUUCUAAUAUACAUUUAUAUAUAAUAUAACGUUUAUUUGUUCAUUAUAAAAUGAGUACCAACAGCGCUAAAAUGUUAUCUAUUAAAAAUAUUAUCAGCCAUGACGUUGCUAAAAUGAUAGCCGUUCGUGCAUUUGGCGACGAUGAAUCUAUAGAAAUAAUUAAUCAUCGUUUGGCAAAUUAUUCAAAGAAUACGGUUGGUUUUUUGGGAAAUCAUCAGCGGCUUGAAAUUACAGUAAAAAAAAAUAAAGGAGACCAUGAAUUUGUAAAAUUAAGUUUUUUCGUUAAAUCUGUACCACAUGACUCCAGUGAACAAACAUUUUUUAUUAAACAACGACGUGUAUUCAAUCAGGAGUCCGAGUUCUUUAAUGAGGUGUUACCACAGUUAUUAGAAAUAACAACUGUUGGGAAAAUUGAGCCAUGGGCACCAAAGUGCUACCUGGCUAAUACUGACAUUAUCGUCUUAGAAGAUGUAAGGACUAAUGGAUUUACAAUGCGAGAAAUUAAAAUUUUCAAGGGUGAAGACUUAAAAAGUGCUGUUAAAGCCAUGGCACGAUUUCAUGCAGCUUCUAUGUUACUUGAAAAGAAAUUGGGAAAGCCUUUGAACGAGGUAUAUCCAAAAGUUUGCGUUGAACAAAUAUUCAUUGAACAGAUUAUGGAACUUACACUGGAUCUUUUAGAGUCGCUCAUUAAGGACAUAGCGAAGAGAAAUAAACGUACCACCUCAGGUGUGCGUGAGCAUAUGGAACGAGUAUAUAAAUAUAUGAUUACCGGUGGUCAAGAUAAGUGUCGAGUUUUAUGCCAUGGCGAUGCUUGGCCUAAUAAUCUUAUGCUGGAUUCUAGCGAAGUACCAAAAUGUCUUCUAGUUGAUUAUCAAAUGGUACGUUAUGCACCACGUAUGAUUGAUGUUAUUCAGCUCGUUUAUUUGAGUACUACUCAGGAAAUAAGAAGAUGUGAAGAAAGGGAUGUGAUCGAGGCUUAUUGGGAUGAACUUUGCGAAACUUUAAGAAAGUGUAAUCCCACGCUAAAAAGGCCCAACUUAGAAGACCUUAUGAAGGAAUAUGACAAUGACGUGAAAUCGGUUGCACAGUUAACUGCCAUUAUAUAUUUUCCAAUCGUUUUAUUAAAUAAGGAAGUUUUCGCAGAAUACAAAGAUCAUCCUGAAGUACUUUAUAAAACUUUAAUAUUUCGACGUAAUAAUGAUUAUAUACUAGAGUUAAUGGAUAAAGAUGAAGAUUACUCUAGUAGAAUCACUGAGAUUGUACUAGAGUUUGCAGAGAAUUGUGAAAAGCAUAAAUCAUCUGAAACUUGAAUCAGAAUUAGAAAAAAAACUAUAAUUAAAAAAUAAAGUUAAAUUUUUCUAAGAAA